GCCGCCAUGGCCCUGAAGGCCGAGGGCGCCGCGCUCGACUGCUUCGAGGUGACGCUCAAGUGCGAGGACGGCGAGGACGAGGACGAGGCCGUGGUGGUGGCCGUGAUCCCGCGGCCCGAGCCGGUGCUCCGAGUGGCCCAGCAGGAGAAGCCCCCACUGCCUAGGCCCAGCCUGCUGGAGGCCGGCAGCGACGGCUGCGAGGAGCCCAAGCAGCAGGUGUCUUGGGAGCAGGAGUUCCUGGUGGGGAACAGCCCGGGAGGCAGCGGGCGGGCGCUGUGCAUGGUGUGUGGGGCCGAGAUCCGGUCCCCCUCGGCGGACACGGCGCGCAUGCACAUCCUGGAGCAGCACCCCCACACCCUGGACCUGAGCCCUUCCGAGAAGAGCAACAUCCUGGAGGCCUGGAGUGAGGGGGUGGCCCUCUUGCAAGAUGUCAGAGCUGAGCAGCCGUCCCCACCCAACUCAGACUCCGGCCAAGAUGUCGACGGAGACCCAGACUCCAGUGCAGACGCCGCCAAAAUGCCAGCCGAGAUUGUGGUUCUCCUGGACUCUGAGGACAACCCAUCCCUCCCCAAAAGGAUUCGGCCCAGGGGACUCCGCCCCCUCGAGCUUCCUGCAGCUGCCCCUGUCACGGAACCAGGAAGCAAGAAGCUCCGUGGUCAGAGAUGGAAGGAGCCUCCUGGGGACGAGCCAGUCAGGAAGAAAAGAGGCAGACCCAUGACCAAAAACCUGGAUCUGGACUUGGACCCGGACCCUGAUCCUGAUCCUGACCCAGAGCCGCCAUCACCGGACUCGCCCACAGAGACGUUCGCGGCCCCUGCUGAGGUCCGGCACUUCACGGACGGCACCUUCCCCCCUGGCUUUGUUCUCCAGCUUUUCUCCCACACGCAGCUCAGGACCCCAGACAGCAAGGGCCCCCCCAAAGAGGGGGGCGCCCCAGGGGAAGGCCUUCCCCAGUUGGAGAGCCCCUCUGCAGCUCCCCCUCCGGGGCUUCGCGGGACACUGGAUCUCCAGGUCAUCCGAGUGCGGAUGGAGGAGCCCCCGGCCGUCAGCCUCCUUCAAGACUGGUCCAAGCACCCCCAGGGCACCAAGGGUGUGGGAGCAGGUGACACCCCAGACUGGCCUGCGGUUCUGUCGGAAUCUAGCACCACAGUGGGGCACCAGCCAGAGGCAGGGAGUGGCGUGUAGGUUCUUGCUUUUCUGGGGAUGGUGGGGAGCAGGGGCAGCAUCCCCCUUUGGCUUAUCACUCAGAGCUGCCCAGCCAGGCCACCUAAUGGAGGGUAAGACAUGGCGCCGAGACAGGAUGGAGGAGGGGGGCGCGGCGUCGCUGUUACUGGGGCACUGGAAUUCUUUCUCCCUGGCCAGGCCUGAACCUGGGCCCUGAGGUGCACAGGGGGCGCAGGGGGCUGUUGUGCGGUAGGGCACUGGGCUUGUGGAGAACACCCAUCCCAAUCCUUUUGCUGACCCAGACCUCGUCCCCAGCCUCCUCCCCCCUCCCCCUGAGCCCCCCACCAUUCUCCCCUGGCACAGUGCCUUACACAAGAGGUGGUCAUAAAGGGGUUUGAACUGAGUCCCACUACCUCGGGGGACACCUCUCCUCCCCCAUCCGUUCAGGGUCCCGCACCAGGAGCCCUCCAUUACCUCUUCCCGCUCCAUCCCUGAAGGUGGCCAGAGCAGCCCACCUGGGGGCUCCAUUCACCCUCACUCCUGUCACCUGUUCUCCUGUUGUAUAUAUCUCCUUUGUUGACAAUAAAUUAUUUUUUUUUAUUAAGACAGUUCCGUCUGGGCCGUCAUUGGGGAACAGGGUGCUAGCAGGUGAUCUGGCCCCUGGGGUGACCUUAAGGGGCAGCAGGGCUGCACCACUGUCCUGGGGGGGAGCCAGAGCGCCAGCUGCCCCGGAGGCUGGAGUGAGGCCAAGGCUGGAGCAGGCCGGAGGACCCGGGCACCUCCCGGUGUUCCUGUCCUUGAAAUGGGGUCAGAAACACCUUCUCUCUGACAUGUCCUGCCUUCUGCUUCCACACUGGUCCUCUGUCCAGGCGAGGCCAUGGUGGGAGCGGGGGCCACUCAAACCCUAGGAGCUGGCGCUGACCUUUCUCUAGUGCACGGGCUGCGUCCAGCCUUGGGGCAGCCACCUCCGCCACGGUGCGCCCUGAGCACGGUCCUGCCCUUGGCCUUCCCACUCUUGGCCUUCCCACUCUGCGCACAGCUGCCAGCUUUCCUGCCCUCUCCCCGGCUCCCUUAACCCAAACCCUUGUCAGCUUCCCCUUUUCCUGGACCAAACCAGGAGGUGGCCCGCUUGCACCUCUUCCCCAGCUCCCUUACCCUCCAGAACUAACCAGCACAGGCCAAAUCCAUGUGGGAUUUUGUUUUACCCCUUUGGGGACGAGGAGCUCCCUCUGGGACUGCAAGCAUCCUUGAUGAAUAGGGCCUUCCCCACCGUGCAUUCAGGAGAGGGGGUGCAGGAUAGACCUGCGGGACGCUUGUUCUCAUACACCGCCCACUGCCAGCUUCCGAGACUGAGCAGAAGGCCAGUGUCUAAGUUAGGCGGGCCCUGGGCACAAGCGUGCUGUGCUGUGUGCUGACCAUGGCUGGCCAGCCUGGGCGGGACCAAGUGUGAGUGACCUCAGUGCCCUGGCAGGGCAGGGACCUCCUCCCCAUCUGACAGGCUCUGGAGAAGGAGCGCGAGCACGCUUGGGGCCCUGGGGGGCACAAAAGCAAGCUACAGAUUCGGGACACUGUGUCCGGGGCCGCUCCACCACCAUGGGAAUGGCAGCUGGGCCCCAGAACCCCCACUGCCCCCCCACCAGCGUCUCCACAGGUUGCAUCCUACCUGAUAGGCGAGAAUAUGAAUAAUGCCGAAGGUCUGGCUCUGAAACGCCAAUGUGAAAUCUUGCAGGUGAUUUCUGUCUGUCUUUCAAUCCCGUGGCUGUUUACAUUUAUACCGAUGUGCUUUUCAAACAAUGUGGCUGUGUCGCUGGGUGUCCACUAUGGAGAAAAUGUACCUUAGAACUUGUCGUGAGGUCGUGGCGCUUGGCACACCUCUGCCGCUGUGAAUGUGCUUGCCGUUCUGGCCGCUAGACUGUGCGCUCCUUCGGGCAGGGCCUGGCUUGUGUUGGCUUCCUCUGCCCACACCCUGCAGAGGGCCUGGCACAUCGCAGGUGCUCAAUAAAUGUUUGUCAAGUUCCCUCUUGGUCUGUGUUCCUGUGUGACACUUUGCCAGCGCGAUCCGGUCCCUGGAGUGGGAUUCUCUGUAGCGUGGCUGCCCCGCGACAGCUGGUCGCCUCCUUGUUCCGGGACUUCAGCCCUCUGCCCCCAUCCUGGCCAGCGGGGCCCUUCCCGCUUCAGCAGGCUCCGGAGACGGGGCGAGCCUGUGUGUCCGGGAGCCCGUGGGC